CCAAUCACGUAGCAAGCAGGAAGCGUAUAGUCCCUCCCCGGAAGUGACGUCAGUCUGCCGAGGCACCAACGUUAAAACUGAAGACUUUGGCAUCCAGAGGUGCGUGCGACCAUGUGGCCCGUAUUCUGGACCGCCAUGCGGACCUACGCCCCGUACAUCACCUUCCCCGUGGCCUUCGUGGUCGGAGCGGUGGGCUACCACCUGGAGUGGGUCGUCAGAGGGACGCCCAGAGCCCGCGAGGAGAAGAGCAUUCUAGAACUGCGGGAGGAGCGGACACUGCGGGAGCAAGCCGGGAUGGACGGCACUCAGGUGCUCAGCCUCAAAGACAAACUGGAGUUCACUCCCAAAGCGGCUCUGAACAGGAACCGGCCUGAAGAGAGUUAACGCCAUCUAACCAGGGAGUCCAGGGACCACUUUUAGGAAGAUCCACACAGCCAUAGAUCCUCAAAGCUGGUCUCAUAAGCAACAACAGCAACCAAGAAGCAAAGUGUGUGUCAUGUUAGGUUUUCUUUUUCCACACAAUACUCUAAUUAAGGAGAAACACGAAACGUGACAAAAAAAGGACUCUUAAGCUGCUGUACAGUUAAAAACAUUGAGGUAUGCAGUCAGUGUGGGAGGUCUGGUGGCUUAAUCUGCAUUAGUCCUAUUAUCGUGUGGAAGAACAUCAACACUUUCAUUUGAGAAAGUCACAAGCUUUGCACGCUGCCUGUUUGAGCUGUUAGUCACGUGAAGAAAUAAAAUGGUUCAUUUGGAGAGGGUGGGAGUUAAUGAUUGUGGCCCCAGUCUGUAUUGACUGUUGUAAAUGAAGGACCCAGCUUUAAAGUGGAAGGAAGGAAGGAAGUGAUGGUUCCUUCAGCCUGCAGUUGGAAGGGGAAGUGGCCGACACAUUUAAGCAGGAACCCUGACCUCUUGGCACUUGUGAGGAGUUAAUUAUUUAAAAAAAAUGUAAAGUACCUCCGUUUUUAGUUGGUUUUCUCUUACCAAAAGUCAGACGAAAACUGAAGCAAUUUGUGCCAUAAAUAAAAUAAUGGCAACUAAUUUGUCUCAAAUGGCCAGAAACUAUUAAAAUUGAUUAUCACGGUUAUUGUGACCUAAAUGAUCUGUUAUCAUUAUUGCUGCAAAGAAUAAUUCGAUUUUUUUUUUUUUUUAAUUAAUCAUUUCAACAAAAUAUAAUAAAUGAUUGUUGGUUAUUGUUGUGACUUCCACUUCUUAACGUUGUGUAUUUAUAAAAGGAAAGAAUAAAGGUCCUUAGGAAAU